UCGAGGAAGCAAUAGAUCUGGACCAAAGGAUAUUUUAAAGUUGUUGUCGCGCCGAUCGUCCAUCCGAUCCUCUCUUCUCCGCAUCGGCUCAAGCUCCCCACAAACACCGGCGCUAUCUAACCUCGGCACGCGCCCCGGCUGGUUAUCAAGAUACCACAGGCACAGGGGCGGGAUAGAUAAAACUGCCUCUAGUAAGGGACUGGACAUACUGGUGCCCCACGUUCUUUUAAUUCUCGUGCCUACCUUACGAUGACGCAGACACGGAGCAAAAUGUCGCAUCAACCAUCAGCAUCACCACCGUCACUCUCACUCCCAACCACCACCACCGCCGCCAGCACCAGUACAAUGUCCCCCGCCACCACCCCCUCAAACCCAGACCUAACCCACUUCCUCACCCACCCCUGGUGCGCAGCCCUCCUCUCCGCCCCAGACACUACGCUCUUACCCACCCCCUCCCGCGUCCCCAAGGAAAGCACUGAGGACUCUUUCUUUGCCAUCACGCUGCGCACGGGGGAUACGAUUCCGUAUAUGCUGUCUUUUUCCUCUCCCCGGCCCUCUGACGGAGUCGUCGCCGACGCUGCCACGGACCCCUCAGCCCCACCACUAGCGCCAGGGAUAGGGACAGAGCAAGUCUCAACCCUCUUCGCUUUAGGAGACGCCCUAAACGGCUACCCCACAACCGCCCACGGCGGCCUCAUAGCCGCCCUCUUUGACGAAGCAAUGGGCGUCUCCAUGAUGCGCUUGCGUUCCUCGGCGGCGAAUCCGAAAUGCCCGCUGGCGGGAACGGAUAUCGUGACGGCGAGCUUGAAGGUUGAUUUUGUGAGGAGGUUGGCGACGCCCGGGGUGGUGGUGGUGAGGGUUUGGGUGGCGGAGAGGAGGGGGAGGAAGUGGGUGCUUGAAGGGGAGAUGCUGGGGGUGGGGGAGGGAGGGGAAGGGGAGGGGGGAAUGGUGGUGGGGAGGGCGAGGGGGGUUUGGGUGGAGGUGCGGGCUAGUCUGUAA